CAGGAACAACAAGAAGAACUACCGCCGAACACGACGACCACAGCUCCUGCUUAUCUGGAAGAUUUGAAGAUGUUUGAAACGUUUGUAGUCGAUGAUGAGAUCAGUACUCUUCCGGAGGAAGAUGUGCCAGAUUUUCUAACACAAAUUGGUGGGCGGAUCGUUGACACUUUUGGCAACGACCAUUGGCUCUUUGCGUGGGUGCACUACCAGAAUUUCGAGGCUUUGGAAAAAGUUUAUACGGGAGAUAAUUCGGAGACAGCCAAGGAUAUGGCGUUUUCGGCCGCCAUUUUUCUCGACUACUGGGGCAAUUAAGGCACUUUUCGUUUUUACUUACACUAAAUAAUCCACCUUGCUUUUCUAUUUCUACACCAGCAUCCUCAUAUUAAAUAUCAUGUAUCAAGAAAGGUUAGAGUUAGUACCUCCUCCCAGGACAACAUGAAGAUGAAUCAUUUAAGUAUUAAAGAUCUAAUAGCAGUGGUUCCAGAGAGAGUUUCUUCCUGCCCUGGGCAUCCGCAAUUGUGGUAGCAGGUACUCAAACCACUACCUCUGGCAGACGAGCGUGCUUAACCGCCUCUCGUUUUUGGACCAGUUUGUGAUGAUGAACAUUCCUUUGACGGAGAAGAA